CGGCGCGCAGGGGGCGGGGCCGUGGCUCUGGGUUGGGUAGCGGGGUGCGGAGCUGCACUUCCGCUCUCGGCCGACUGUUUCGCGGAGGCAUGGAGGCGGGCUCCGGCCGACGCGAGGUCAAGCUGGAAAUGUUCUUUUGGGGCCAGAGUCUGGUUACAUGUGAAUGCAAAUCUUCACCCAUUCACAAGUAAGCCCAGGAAUCUCAACUGAAAGGAUCACUUCUCUGUAAGCCUUAGCCCAGGUGCAGAAUGAGCACAUGCUGUUGGUGUACGCCAGGUGGCGUUUCCACCGUCGACUUCCUGAAGCUCUAUGCAUCCGAGACCCCAUCCAGUGCAUUUCAGACCGCCGACGAAGACCUCUGCUACUGCUUGGAGUGUGUGGCCGAGUACCACAAGGCCAGGGAUGAGCUGCCGUUCUUGCACGAGGUUUUAUGGGAAUUAGAAACCCGACGUCUCAUAAUUCAUUUUGAAAAAUCCAUGAGGGCAGAAAUCGAAGAUGAUGAUGAAUUAUACAUAGUGGACAACAAUGGAGAGGCACAGCUGUUUGACUUUACUGGCCAAGACUUUGAAAAUAAGCUUCGGGUUCCUCUUCUUGAAAUCCUGAAAUAUCCUUAUCUGCUCUUACACGCACGUGUUAAUGAAUUAUGCGUUGAAGCACUUUGUCGGAUGGAACAGGCCAAUUGCUCCUUUCAGGUUUUUGAAAAGCAUCCUGGGGUCUAUUUGUUUUUGGUCCAUCCCAAUGAAAUGGUUCGGCGCUGGGCCAUCCUGACCGCAAAAGGCCUGGGGAAAGUGGACAGGGACGAUUACUAUGACUUACAGGAGGUUUUGACUUGCCUCUUUAAAGUCAUCGAGUUGGGGCUUUUAGAAAGUCCAGACAUUUAUACUUCCUCUGUCCUCGAGAAGGGUAAACUGGUUCUUCUGCCCUCACACAUGUAUGAUACUACAAACUACAAAAACUAUUGGCUAGGUAUCUGCAUGUUGCUUACCAUUCUUGAAGAGCAGGCCAUGGAUUCACUGUUGUUGGGCUCGGACAAAGAGAACGAUUUUAUGCAGUUGAUACUUCACACCAUGGAGAGGCAGUCAGACGACGAUAGUGGGGAUCCUUUCUGGCCAGCGUUACACUGUUUCAUGGUGAUUCUGGAUCGCCUUGGAUCCAAGGUCUGGGGGCAGCUCAUUGACCCUAUCGAGGCAUUUCAAACCAUCAUCAACAACCGGAGCUACAACCGAGAGAUCCAGAGUAUCCGGAACAGCUCUGUGAGGACCAAGUUAGAACCGGAGUCGUGUAUGGAUGAUAUGGUGACUUGCAGCCAGAUUGUAUACAAUUAUAAUCCUGAAAAGACCAAAAAGGAUUCAGGCUGGAGAUCAGCCAUUUGCCCAGAUUAUUGCCCUAACAUGUACGAAGAGAUGGAAACAUUAGCCAGCGUGCUUCAAUCAGACAUCGGUCAAGACAUGCGUGUUCACAACAGCACAUUCCUGUGGUUCAUUCCGUUUGUUCAGUCCCUCAUGGAUCUGAAGGAUCUGGGCGUGGCCUACAUAGUAGAGGUUAUCCAUCAUCUGCACUCGGAAGUCAAAGAUGUCCUCAACCAGACAGUUGUCGUGUGUGACAAAGUCACUGAAUUUUUUUUUCUAAUUUUGGUGUCAGUGAUCGAACUACAUAGGAAUAAAAAAUGCUUGCAUUUGCUGUGGGUGAGCUCCCAGCAGUGGGUGGAGGCUGUCGUGAAGUGUGCCAAGCUCCCGACCACUGCCUUUGCACGGAGCUCAGAGAAGUCAUCCGGCAGCGGCUCCAAAGGAACACCGAUGAUAUCAUCUCUGUCUCUCCAUUCAAUGCCAUCUAACUCCGUACAGCUCGCUUGUGUGCAGCUGAUUAGAAGUCUCCUUAAAGAAGGUUACCAGCUUGGGCAGCAGAGGAACUUAUCUCUAGGCUGGCAGUUGACUAGUCAGGAAACCCAGGAGUUGCAAACUUGUUUAAAGCAAAUCAUUAGAAACAUCAAAUUCAAAGUACCACAAUGUAGCGCUAUUGUGGACCUGACUCCUCCAUGUAAGAUUCUUCCGGCAUCUUGUGAUAAAGAAGAAAAUGAGCAAGUAGGGAAGAAGUGUAAAAACAUGCUCUGUGUGGAAAGUUCCAGCCCAACGUUUUCUAAAGAACCAAUGAAAGCUGACGCGUAUCAACUGCAAGAGAGUAUCUUGAGCAAAGCAAGUAGCGCUGUGGAAGAGGAUAAUGAGCCAAAUUACAUUAAAGAUUUGAAACUAGAGGACCAUCUCUCAGCUGAGUCAUGCUUAAAGCAGAGUAGUAAAAACCUUUUCGCUGGAAGAGCUCAAGAUCAAGUUAAAAUGCGUACGGGGAAGCAAAAGUCUGUCAAAGACAGUUCUUUAUACACAUCAAAGAACUGUACUGCAAGGAAUGGUCCAGAAAGAGGAUGUGGCAGAGGAAUAAUACUGUCAACACAUUCGCCAACUGAUUCUAGCGCUGAUACUCAGGAGAAGAUGUCCACAUCAAAUGGGGAUUUCUCUUCGAAGGAUGGUGUUCUUGGCAAAACUUCAAAAGCAAAAUCUAAGGCCCAGAAAGAUGAAAUCUGUGCUAAGUUAUCGUGUGUAAUAAAGAAGCCACACAGGAAAAACACCUCGGUCAAUAGUUCUGUGAAGUUCGAAGGAAACCUGGCCGCAUCUAACGUUGAGAAUUUCUGUUCAAAGAAAGACGCAGGAGGUCAGAAAGGGGAUAGCUUCAUGCACAGUCUCUCUUCAGGCUCCGACAGUAUUCUGGAUAAUAAAAAUGGAGAACAAAAAGCUCAUAACAGUUUAUUGCUGAAAAAGAAACAGGUGAAGAGUGAAGAGUUAGAUGUUUCUUCUCAUGAAAAUGAUUGUCAAAUACAGGAAUGUGAUGUCGGCAAUAAAGAUUUGGUCCUACUUACAGAAACGACCAACACUUUCAUGCAUAAAACAUCUCCAUUUAAAAGUCCUGGGACUGUACUUGAAUCAAGAGAGAAGAGAGUCAGCAAGAAUACUGACUUUAGAGAACAGGCCCCUAGCAUCAGCCCUAAGUCUGACACCUUAACAGAUUCUCAGGUAGACAGAGACCUCCACAAAUUAUCUCUAAUAGCUCAAGCCAGUGUCAUUAAAUUUCCAUCAGAUUCAAAUCAAAGAAGCUCAUCCCAGCUACAAAGAAAAGUGAAAGACAAAAGAAGUUUCACAGCCAACCAAAGUAAUGUCGGGGACACCUGCCGUGGUCAAAUUAUUAUUAUUUCAGAUUCCGAUGAUGAUGAUGAAGAUGCUGAUGAAAGAAUUCUGGAGUUUGAGAAAUUAAAACACAUUAAACAAGAUAAAGUAAGCAUUAAGAAAGAAGGCCCAGGGCCGCGUACAUCAGAAGCUCAUACGAACACAGAAAGGAAGCCGAUCAAAGAAGAGAAGCCAGCUUCCCCUUUAGAGUUUGAGGAGUGCGACUCGCAGGUGUUCGAGUUUGAAAGCCAACAUGAAGUGUUUUCAGUCUGGCAAGAUCAGAAAACGGACGACAGUUCAGUUGCAGAGGACGGAAAGAGCGCCUACUUGACUCACAUUGUCGAUAUCACAAAUGAUUGGGGCUACGAGACAGAUUAUCCAGUUUCUGAAGAAGUUGCCGAAGUCACCAAGGACAUCGAAAAUGCGGAGCCACGGAGCAGUCGUGUUUCCGUUGAGAAAUUUUGUGAAAUUGAAGUAAGAAAAUCUAAGAGAAAACAAUUUGGAAAGCCUGUGGCCGAAGAUCCUUUAAGGCCUUCGUCUUCUGCCAGAAAUGAGGACCAGUCUGACAUCCUCAACGAGAGAGAGCUGACUGAAAACGAUCUUAAAAUUGCAGACGUGCGGACGACGACCCCCGAUGCGCGUGUCCAGCGGGCCACCGCGGCCGCCCUGAAGAAGUCCCCGCCCAAGCUGCGCGCCUACUCCAAACCCAUCCGGAGGGUCCCCGUGUCCAAAGCCGCAAAGAAGACACAUUCGGAUGCCAGAAAGGGGCAGAGUAAAAGUUCAAAUUACAUAAGCUGUAGGACAACUCCUGCCAUCGUGCCACCAAAGAAAUUUCGCCAGUGUCCUGAACCCACCUCCACGGUUGAGAAGCUGGGUCUGAAAAAGGCUCCCCGCAGGGCGUUUGAGCUGUCUCAGCGGUCUUUGGAGUACAUAGUUCAGCUGCGUGACCAUGGCAAAACCGUUGGCGUCGUCGACACCCGAAAAAAGACUAAAUUGAUUUCUCCUCAGACUCUUCCUGUCAAAAAUAAGAAACUGCUUGCAAAUCAAGAUCUUCAGUUGCGAAGGCAGGUGAGACCCAAAUCACAGCAAAACAGACAAGGAGUUUUUGACUGUGAAAGCACAGAUGCCGCGAGAGCGGGCCCAGAUGCGGCACAGAUUCCUGACGUGUUCGUAGCAGAAUCAGCUAGGUCAGAUUGUAGUAACAAAGCGGGAGCUGAGGUCAUCGCCAGCAGUAAUGGAAGACAGUCAGUGACAUGCGUGUCUUCCGAACAAGAGCCCGUGAAAGCGAAAUUCAUUUCCCAGGAGACCGAGGAUCCUUGUCCCUUAAACCAGCGUGAGUGUGUCAUGGCAAAUGGAGGGAUCCUGACGCAUGAAAGAGUUCUCUCUACUUCAGAGGACCCUGUAGGUGGAGGUGACCUAACGACACCUCAUUUAGACGUGGCAACUUUGAACAAGGGAGAGCCCGCAUCCAACAGUGACAUGGAGGAAGAUAAUAUAUUUUUAACCCAGUGCGAUCCUGAAGAUAUGGAUUUAUGUUCUCAGAUGCAGCAGAAUGAUAAUGACAAACUCAUUGAAGUAGUUCAUGGAAAAGAUACAGUCCAGAUAGGAGAAGAUUCACUCAGUCGGCCUCCCUUGGAGUCUUUGAGCAGCACAAAAUGUAAGUACAGAGAUUGUGCCGAAACUCUGAAAAACCAGGGCGAGUACUGCUCGAAACACUGCGAAGCCAAAGCAGCGGAUGAAGACGUGUUUCGGAAGCCCGGCCUGCCCCUUUCCGCGGCUAAACCCCUGAGACCGUCCACGACGAAGAUUUUUAGCUCGAGUAGUACCUCACGAAUUGCUCAUCUUUCCCGCUCUUUGGAAAAAGCCUCCGCGCUCCUCCCAGGUUUAAAAAAUAAGUCAAACGGGGCACAGUCCGUUUUGAAAGCGCCACCGCCAGCCCCUCUGGCGCCUCCUCAGAAGCCAGUGGUUGAAGUGAAGAGUUUGUGCAACAUUCUUAAUUCUCCACCUUCGAAUAAUUCCAGCAGGCAAGGUUACAGACUUCUGUUCAGUGAAAGCAGACCUUUUUCUUCUUCUCCGGUAAACAUGCUCUUGUCAUCACAGUCCAUCUCCGAUGCCUUCGUGAAAGAGAUCCUCAAAUGGAAGUAUGAAAUGUUUUUGAACUUCGAUCAGUGCGGGCCCCCAGCAAGUCUCUGUCAGUCCAUCUCAAGACCUGUGCCUGUCAGGUUUCAAGACUGUGGAGAUUAUUUUGAUGUGUUUUUCCCUUUGAUGAUAUUGAAUACCUUUGAAACAGUAGCACAGGAAUGGAUCAGCUCUCCAAAUAAAGAAAAAUUCUAUCAGCUGCAUUUACGAAAAUUUCCUGCAGAUUAUAAAAAAUACUGGGAGCUCGUGGUUUAUCUUGAUGAAGGCGAACUAGCUAAACAGCUCCACCCAAAGGAGAACGAUUUGGUGUUUUUGGUCCCUGGAACACUGAACGGAGAGGAGCACGGCCUGGAGCACAGCCUCCUGCAGGAGCCGCACGAGCCUUACUGUGGUUAUGUGCACAAGUUUCGCCGCACUUCAGUCAUGCGUAAUGGGAAAGCUGAGUGUUGCCUUUCCAUCCAGACUCAAGAUAACGUGGCGGUCAACUUAAGUGAAUUUGUGAAAUGCACUGUAAUCAGUUCUCUGGUAACUACACAAAGGAAGUUGAAAGCCAUGUCUUUGUUGAGUGGUCGGAACCAACUGGCUAGAGCUAUUCUGAAUCCAAACCCCAUGGACUUCUGUACAAAAGAUUUACUGACGACAACAUCUGAGAGAAUUACCCUCUACUUAAAAGAUUUCAAUGAAGACCAAAAGAAAGCCAUAGAAACUGCAUAUGCCAUGGUGAAACACUCCCCAUCUGUCGCCAAGAUCUGUCUGAUUCAUGGACCACCUGGAACAGGAAAAUCAAAAACCAUUGUCGGCCUGCUGUACCGCCUGCUGACGGAGAACCAGAGGAGGGGGCAUCCCGAUGAAAACUCCAACGCCAAGAUCAAGCAGAACCGCGUCCUGGUGUGCGCGCCUUCCAACGCGGCCGUUGAUGAGCUCAUGAAGAAAAUCAUCCUCGAAUUCAAAGAGAAAUGUAAAGACAAGAAGAAUCCUUUGGGAAACUGUGGAGAUAUAAACUUAGUACGUCUGGGUCCAGAAAAGUCUAUUAAUAAUGAAGUCCUGAAAUUCAGCUUGGACAGCCAGGUUAACCACAGAAUGAAAAAAGACUUACCUUCUUAUGUCCAGGAGAUGCACAAAAGAAAGGAAUAUCUGGAUCAUCAACUCGAUGACCUUUCCCGCCAGCGUGCUUUAUGCCGAGGUGGGAGGGAAAUACAGAGACAAGAACUAGACGAAAAAAUUGCCAGAGUUUCAAAAGAAAGGCAGGAACUUGCUUCUAAAAUUAAAGAGGUUCAAGGCCGCCCACAGAAAACACAGAGCAAUGUCAUCUUGGAGUCCCACAUCAUCUGCUGCACACUGAGCACAAGUGGUGGUUUAUUGCUCGAGUCCGCUUUUCGGGGACAGGGAGGGGUUCCCUUCAGUUGCGUCAUUGUCGAUGAGGCCGGGCAGUCUUGCGAGGUGGAAACCCUCACCCCGCUCAUCCAUCGCUGCAACAAGCUUAUCCUCGUGGGGGAUCCCAAGCAGCUCCCUCCCACCGUCAUCUCUAUGAAGGCCCAGGAGUAUGGCUACGAGCAGUCGAUGAUGGCCCGCUUCUACAAACUGCUGGAGGAGAAUGUGGAGCACAACGUGGUGGGCAGGCUGCCCGUGCUGCAGCUCACCGUCCAGUACCGCAUGCACCCGGACAUCUGCCUCUUCCCGUCCAAUUACAUCUACAGCAGAAGCCUGAAGACGAACAGGCUGACGGAGACCAUCCGGUGCUCGUCAGACUGGCUGUUCCAACCCUACUUGGUGUUCGACGUCGGAGACGGCGCAGAGAGACGGGACAACGACUCGUAUGUAAAUGUUCAAGAAAUAAAACUGGUAAUGGAAAUAAUUAAACUUAUUAAAGACAAAAAAAAAGAUGUCUCUUUCCGAAACAUCGGCAUCAUAACGCAUUACAAGGCUCAGAAGAUGAUGAUUCAGAAGGAGUUGGACAAAGAAUUUGAUGGAAAAGGGCCAGCAGAAGUAGAUACUGUGGAUGCAUUCCAGGGUCGUCAGAAAGAUUGUGUCAUUGUCACGUGUGUCAGAGCGAAUGCCAUGCAAGGCUCAAUCGGAUUUCUGGCAAGUUUGCAGAGAUUGAACGUCACCAUUACACGAGCCAAGUACAGCCUCUUCAUCCUCGGACACUUGAGGACCCUGAUGGAGAACCAGCACUGGAAUCACCUGAUUCAGGACGCACAGAAGCGUGGUGCCAUUAUCAAGACCUGCGACAAAAACUACAAGCACGACGCAAUGAAGAUCCUGAAACUCAAGCCCGUGCUGACGAGAAGUCUGACGCACCCUCUGACCGUCACCCCUGAGGUGGCCAGACCCCAGGGCGGCGACCUGCCCGGCACCAAGCUGGACGGCACCUUCACCAAGGUAGCUUUUGCUUUGUCUCUGUGCCACGUAGCCUCUGACUCCAAGGAGGCUCUUGCGACUCUUGCUGCAAAGGACUCAGAAAGGCCGCCUGCGAAGGACCAGCCUCGCGACCCACGGCUUUUUAGGAGGAUGGGCGUGAGCCCUGAAACCAAAGGGAAGUGCCUGCAGGACCCACAGCCCUUGAGCCCCCAGUAUCCUGGAGCCACGCCUCCCCUGGGGGAGCCAGGCUGCGUGAGUCCCCAGGCUCUGGGCAGCCUCGCAGAGCAGCCCUCUGCCACCGGCAGCAGCCACAGACCUCGCGUGCCGAGUGAACCUCCAGCCGCUGGCACCGAUGCUGCCAGCGAUCAAAGGAAAUGUGACCAGGAAGGGGAGCACGGCCACCGGAGAGAGACCAGGGCUUCCAGCGAGGGGAACCAGGAGCGGCGGGGCCCUGCGGGCCGUCACACCAAGAGGAACUCUUCCUGGGAUGGCCGGGUGCCGGAGAGGGAGGACCGCAGCUCCAAGAAGAGGAAGCUCCCGUAGGGAAGCUGCGGCCCAGACCUCGGCCGAACACUGCUGCAGGUCAAGGUGGCGGCCGACGGUCUGUCCUGAUGGGAUUGUUCCUUAAAGGGAGUGUGUGUGCUAUUGGGAAACGGGGAAAACACGUGGUGACCCGGGGCCUGCGGGUCAUCUUCAGCGCUGCUGUCAGCUGCAGAAACUCUGGAGAGGGCGUUUGCGUUUCGAUGUCAGUGGCCUUGAAGCGCCAGACGUGACUUGUUGAUCUCUUGUUCUUUUUGAAGAAAGUUAGGUCGAAUCGGAGCGGAUGCUGUAAAAGCUGAAAUGUGUAUUUGUAUAGCAAAUAACAAAGUCCUUUUACAAUUGAAUCUAGUAGAUCACUUUUCUUUCCUCUGCUUAAAAUGUUAAUCAUUUUCACUAGAACAAAUUUUAUAUUUAAAAAAACGAAAGAAAAGCAGGAGGAGGGCAGGGCCUGUCAACCUGUCAUGGCAAGACAGGUCUCCAGCAGCCCGCCCGGCAGCUCCGACAUCCCUAAUUCUGUUGAAAAAAGAUCCCUGGAAGCUGCAGGAAGCAGAUUUCUGCUGGGUCAGGUUCUACCGAUGUGGGACAGUUCUAGAUGAGGCACCUUAGCACAGGAUGUGGCAUUUCUGUGACUAGCUCGCCCACCUGUUUAGUGAGCACAUAGUUCUCUAGCAGCAAUUCGUCUUGAAAUAGGUGUGAAAUGAAAGGGUCACUCUCAGAUUAUCUUUUCUUAUGCCCCUGGCAGCUCGUGAGCUUCCAGUAGGUACGGUUCCAGCUCAGUGGGUGCCCGCUGCUGGGUCAGGACCAGCCGCCUGCGGGUUGCCAGGGGAACCCAGCCAACUAAUUCAUUUUAAGCAGAGCCUGGAAAGCCUCGUGUCAAACACCUUCCCAAGGGCUUCUGUCACCAGGCAGCUUGGGACCAUGAUGGCGUCAGGCCCGGUGUGAUAAUUUAGGCAGGAAGGAAACACCCUUUUACGGAGAAGGCUCAGCACUCAGAACCAGGGGUGGGCUGACAGGUCCCCCAGGGUCUUGGGCACCAUCUGAACUGUGGAGGCCACGCUGUGGGUCGUCAGGCGUUGUGCUGUGAGUGGAGGGCUGAGGGGCUGCCUGAGGUCCAGCCCCGGUUUCCAGGCACUCUCCGGCACACGUUCCCGGUGUGAGAGGGGAUAGUGCAGCGGUGGCAGGGGACAGUUGUUAGAAUCUGGCUUGUGCCGUGUAGAGCGCUCGGCCGGAAGUUGAGUCCCUGGAGGUGGAUGUGUGCGCCAUGUUCACGUUUGUCAUUCGUUUUUGAAGCAUAAAGGGCUUUGUGUUAGAAGUUCUACUGAAGUUAUAUGAGUUAAGAGCUGUAAAAGAAAGUGUUUGGUUGCCAAAAGUUCAAACGUCCUGUUCCUUCAUUAUGUGUCCCUGUCACCGGUGUCCAGACACCUGCUGAUGCCGAACGAGGGACGCGCCUGCUCCCCGCUUGCCAGUGGAGAGUGGCCCUGGCGGGCGGUGGGGGGAGGGCCACCCCAUCCAGGAGUUUCCUGCGUGUGCCUUUGGCAAGAAAUUUCAUUGGUUAGGUUUACUUCCCAUCUCUCUCGGUAAAAUGCUCAAUUUAGCAGUUAUGGGAGUGGUGACAGUUUAGUCCCCCAACUCUGUAAAUGUGUACAGGCGGCAGGACACACAGUCGGGGUCAGUAGCUUCUCCCGCUGUGCUCAUGCGUACAACACAUGACUUAAGAGAAGUGUCCUUCCGGUUCAGCUUGGUGCCUGGGCUCACACGCGGUGCUCACCUGUCGGCUCGCCUGGUCUGAUGAUGCAGGAGUGAGUAGGAGAGCUGUGGAACCCGGCCUCUCCCGGCAGGACACAGUCUCCUCUGACCCUGCAUUGGAAACUCUUUGUUACUCUUGUUGCUGCGGCUGGUAAAAGUAUUUGCAUAACGCAUUUCACACGUAGAGUGUGGCUCUCUGUGGCUGUCAUAGCGUUGUUGGUUGGUAGUUAAUCUCAUCACAGGGCGAAAAAUGGCUGUUUGCUUCGUCCUUGCCACGGCACCGUAAGAACGUGCCCUGUCUUCUUUCAAUAUUCUUUCAACAUGAAUGUAUUCUUAUUUUGCUUUUUUGUAUAUAAUUUGCAUAGGAUUUAUUAUGCACGGUUUAUUUAGUUAAUAUGUUUUCAUGUAUUAUCAGGAGCAAAUUUGAUAAGUACAUGUGAAUAAUCUGGAAAUGUUUUAUAACAAAGUGUACUAAACUAUUUUCUAAAAUUAAUUGUGUACAUUGAUAAUUUUUUGCUGUAGCUUUGACUCUUUCUAUGCUCUUAAUUCAUAGCUGGGAUUUGGCAAACAAUAGAUCUGUUGUCUAUUAAAAACCUAAAUUUUACGAGAAAAUGGCAGAAUUAAAAAAUGGAAACAAAACUGA